GAGAGCGCGGUGUGUUUCUGUUCCUACUAUGGCUCGCACGAAGCAGACGGCGCGCAAGUCGACCGGCGGCAAGGCCCCGCGCAAGCAGCUGGCCACCAAGGCGGCCCGCAAGAGCGCGCCGGCCACGGGCGGCGUGAAGAAGCCGCACCGCUACCGGCCCGGCACGGUGGCCCUGCGCGAGAUCCGGCGCUACCAGAAGUCCACCGAGCUGCUGAUCCGCAAGCUGCCGUUCCAGCGGCUGGUGCGCGAGAUCGCGCAGGACUUCAAGACCGACCUGCGCUUCCAGAGCUCGGCCGUCAUGGCGCUGCAGGAGGCGUGCGAGGCCUACCUGGUGGGGCUCUUCGAGGACACCAACCUGUGCGCCAUCCACGCCAAGCGCGUCACCAUCAUGCCCAAGGACAUCCAGCUGGCGCGCCGCAUCCGCGGCGAGAGGGCGUAAGACGCUACUGUUUUUUUUUUUAAACUUCAGCCAAAGGCUCUUUUCAGAGCCACCCACGUUUUCAACUAAAGUGGCUGUAAAAUAACUACCAACGAAACAGUUGACUGAGUACCUAUGCACUUAGAAAGAAGGGAUAUCGGAUGGCAACACUAGAGUGGGUUACAGAUCCUUAUUGCUGCGUAAGACAUCCCUGGUGUAUGCACACAAAAAUAACCCUUUAUAAGGUUAGAAGAUACUGCUCAUCAAGGUCCUAAGGAACCGUCAGCGUCUCAAGAGGGGCAUGAAACAGUUGGCUAUUUGAAGGGCAUUAAAUGGGGCCUCCUGAG